GGGGGGGGGGGUUGAAUGCCCUCCUCGUUUGCAUCGCAGGCUCUUCCCCCCGCUCCUGUGCGGGGCCGGCCUCUUCCCCCGGCCUCCCCCGGUCCCGGAGGCACUUGCGCCUUGCCAUAUAAAGGCCUCCCGGCCGAGUGUCGGCGCCGGGCAGAGGCAGCGGCUGGUGCGUUCUCGUUGCGCACGGCUGCGGCGCGCAAUCUUGGCCCAGACGCGGAGCCUUUUCGGGGCGGAGGAAAAGGGGAUCGCCCUCGGGAGGCUGCGGCUCAAGAGGGCUCGGGAGCCAUGAACGGGACGCCGGAGAGCCUGUGCGGCCAGGCGCUGAAUGACGGAUCGGUGUUCAUGUUUACUUCGGAGUCGGUGGGAGAAGGGCACCCAGACAAGAUAUGCGAUCAGAUCAGCGAUGCGGUGCUCGAUGCCCAUCUGAGCCAAGAUCCGAAUGCCAAGGUGGCUUGUGAGACCGUGUGCAAAACAGGAAUGGUGCUACUCUGUGGAGAAAUCACCUCCCGCGCUGUGGUGGAUUAUCAGCGAGUUGUGCGAGACACGAUAAGUCACAUCGGCUACGAUGAUUCCGCAAAAGGGUUCGACUACAAGACCUGUAACGUUCUUGUGGCACUGGAACAACAAUCCCCCGAUAUUGCUCAGGGCGUUCACCUGCACAGGGCCGAAGAAGAAGUGGGAGCUGGGGACCAGGGACUGAUGUUUGGCUACGCGACGGAUGAAACAGAAGAGUGCAUGCCGCUGACCAUUGUAUUGGCUCACAAACUGAAUGCCAAACUGGCCGAGCUGAGGCGCAAUGGGGAACUCCCGUGGCUCAGACCCGACUCCAAAACCCAGGUCACAGUCCAGUAUCUCCAAAAAGACAGCACCGUUAUCCCUAUUCGGGUCCACACCAUUGUGAUCUCUGUGCAACAUGAUGAAACCAUCUCUCUGGAGGCCAUGCGCAAGGCUCUGCGGGAGCGUAUCAUCAAGUCUGUGGUUCCUGCCAAAUACUUGGAUGCGGACACCAUUUACCAUCUUCAGCCCAGUGGUCGGUUCGUCAUUGGCGGCCCCCAGGGCGAUGCUGGAGUUACCGGCCGGAAGAUCAUUGUGGAUACUUAUGGCGGAUGGGGCGCUCACGGAGGUGGGGCUUUUUCAGGCAAAGACUACACAAAGGUGGAUCGGUCAGCGGCAUACGCGGCCCGCUGGGUGGCCAAAUCCUUGGUGAAAGCAGGCCUGUGCCGCCGGGUUCUGGUCCAGGUUUCCUAUGCCAUCGGCGUCGCCGAGCCUCUCUCAGUCUCACUGUUUACCUAUGGCACCUGCGUAAGACCCGAGAAUGAAUUGCUGAACAUCGUACACCAGAAUUUUGACCUCCGACCGGGAGUCAUUGUCAGGGUUUUGGAUUUAAAGAAGCCAAUCUACCAGAAGACAGCCUGCUAUGGCCACUUUGGCCGAAAGGAAUUCUCUUGGGAGGUUCCAAAGAAACUGGUAUUUUAACCGUUGUUGGGACACCCCCUUAAGCUUGACUGAGACAGGAUUUCACUACAAAAAGGUGCUUCCACUUACCACUCUCUCAGCUGGGAAAAUGAACAGAAGACAUUUUCAUGGAAACCACCGUAUUUCGUAUUCUCAACAUCUCGGCACAAAACGGAAGAAAGAAAAAGGCUGGAUACCGUUUUUCUGGUUCUUUUUUAAAAAAAUAUUGCUGCUAUUUUGGGGGGUGGGGAAGGAGUUCCACUUACCAAGACAACUUACGACUUGGGAGAAACACAAAGAAAACAACCUUUGCCUUCAAACCACUUGGCUAUAUUCCAAGGGAAAGGAGGAUUCCCUUUGGUUCAAUAAGCUUUCUCACUGUGACUGGAUAAAUGGGAAAUUCUGGGGUACUGUUUCCUGAUGGGAACUAGUACUGAAAAUUAUUGCUGGGCUCUUGGGGUGGAGAAGGGGUAUUUACCUCUCCCCAAUUGCCAUCUUUGACAAAACAAAAAUUGUCCCAUUUUUAAGCUUCUCUCUCAGGUUCUGUAGCCUUUGGGGGAGGCUGAAGUCUUGUGACAAAAUGGAACGUCUUUUUGGUGCCUUCUAUUUUUGCGCUUGCGUGUUGUUAAAGUUGCCGGAGCCCAUGCCAGACAAGUCUGUCUUAUGCAUAAAAAGCUAAAACCCU